GUCGGCUAUGUAGGGGAGUUGGCAGUACCAAAGUUUUUUCUGGAUGCGAUAUCAACAUGUUUGUUAUUUCUAACGAGCUCUGCGGAAUAAAACUUCAUGCAAGAAAUAGAUGAUUGAGCCAUAUUGUGACUGAAAGAAUAUCCGAAGUGUCGGGAAAUAUUUUCAGGUUGCAAUACGUGUUAUGAGGAAGAAUCCCUGUACUGUACUGGUGGAGUAAUAUAACCAGAACGAAAUUCGAAUGGUUUUAACCCUGUGAUGAUCAAUUCGUGACAUCUUUGUUAAUGUUUUCUCCGCUGUUUCUGUGAUUCUGUGAUUGGCUCUAAAACACUGAUGGAUAUAAGUUUGACAUGUUCAGACAAGUUAGCUGGAUAUGGGGGAGUAUGUGUAUGAGAAAGACUUCUAUGAAGAGAAUAAGCCACAGCGCUGUUACAAGGAGUCACGCCCCCUUUCUGCCAUCCGUGUCGAUUUCGUGGUCGAUAAAGUGGACGCCCAUGAACAACCGCGAUGUUUGCGUCCUGCCGUUUUCCCUGUCUGCAUUAUUGUGAUCAUAACGAGUUUGGUUGUCGUACUUCCUCUUAUUAUGAACUAUGGCAUCAAAUUGCGGCAGGGUCAGGAGUUUGUGGAUCCACCAGUGCCAUGUUCAGAUCAAUGCAGUGUCACUAUAGUUGAAAGCAUUCCGGUAAACCUGACGUACCCAGCAGGUUCCCCUCAACUGCCUUCCAUAUUUGACAGCUGGAUGCAGCUGAUCUCCUUAGCACAAGAAACAAUAGAGAUCGGGGCAUUCUAUUUUACACUCAGAGGUGAAGAUAUUCACUUUGAAGAUCCUUCGGCUGCUCAGGGCGAGCAGGUGUUCAAGAGAUUGAUGGAUAUUGGAAGUGCGGGAAAGGUGAAGAUUAGGAUAGCCCAGAAUCUGCCAUCAAAAACACAACACGAUCAAGACACCAUUGAUCUUGCUAAAUCAGGUGGUGCUGAAGUUCGUAGUCUAGAUUUCCAAAGAUUCGAAGGAGCUGGCAUCCUACACACAAAAGUUUUUAUAGUGGACAGAAAACAUUUUUUUGUUGGAAGCGCCAACAUGGACUGGCGCUCACUCACACAGGUCAAAGAACUAGGUGCUGCCGUCUACAACUGUAGCUGUCUUGCGCAAGAUAUUGGCAAGAUCUUUGACGCCUAUUGGUACAUGGGUGCUCCAAAUUCGACAAUUCCACCAGUCUGGCCAAAAGAGUACAACACAGCCUAUAACGCAACAAAUCCUAUGUCGGUGCCUUUGAAUGGAACUGAGACGCAAACAUAUUUAGCUAGUUCACCACCAGAAUUCUGUCCAGCAGGAAGGUCAGUUGACAUCGACGCAAUCCUAAACAUCAUUAACCAGUCGAGGGAAUUCGUUUAUAUAGCUGUGAUGGACUACUUCCCUAGUAUUGUGUUCUCAUGGCCAAAUAAAUUCUGGCCAGUAAUAGACGAUGCACUCCGCGCAGCAGCACUGAAUCGUCGAGUACGUGUACGGCUCCUGGCCAGCUGGUGGAAGCAUUCUAAUAAGGAUAUGAUCAAGUACCUGCAGUCUCUUCAGGCGUUGAAUGGUACGAAUCGACAUACCAUCAUUGAAACGAAAUUAUUCGAAGUGCCUGCCACUCCUGAACAGGCAAAGAUUCCCUAUGCAAGAGUCAACCAUAAUAAGUACAUGGUGACAGAUAAAACGGCUUAUAUAGGAACUUCCAAUUGGUCAGGUGACUAUUUCGUCAACACGGGUGGUAUCGGGUUUGUCCUUAGUCAGAAUGCGGACGCAAUCAGGAGGGGUCCUAUGAUGUCCACACAAUCAACAAUCGAGCAACAGCUGAAAGACGUGUUCGAUCGGGACUGGAACUCGCCGUAUGCACGACCUAUCACAGAUUUUACCAAAUAAACUGAGAAAACUCUACUACAACGCUGAAAGCCGUGGAGCUUGGUCACACCGAACACUUUGGCUGAUUAGUCUCAACUGUUUCUGGAGUCUAGCUGAUGAAAACUUUGAUGCAAAGGAUUGUGUACAUCCUAUAAGUGUUCUUCACAAGACCAUUUGUCUGGGUCAACCCCACCUUGGCCGUUUACCACCCUACCUUGUAAAAGCCACCCUACUUUGCUCUAGAUCGUUGUGAAGGGUCUCUAUAGGGCCACCUGACCCUGAAUUGGCCACCCCAUCUUGUGUUGCACACUGGUCAAAAUUCUUGAAUAUCGAGGGUACCACCGUACCUUGAGGAAACCCUGUGGAGAACCCAGCAUACGUCUGCACGGCUUUGAGGGGGAAAUGGCUAACACAAUUGUCACACUUUUUGAAAUCACUAAUUUCGUUAACAUCUGUAGCAGUUGGUUGUAGCGCAGUUUGUUUUAACUAGCUGUGGACAGCGGGAGGACGGUGUUUUAGUGAUGGCAACUUAGAUUGUGCAUUUUGUGCUUUGUGGAUUCUUCGGACAAAAUUCAUCAUGGUUGGCAAAAAAACUUCCUUCACUGGUUUAUAAGAUUUAAUGUUUGAAAUUUGUUCGAAAAAAUAUAAGAAAGUUGUGCUCAUCCAAUAUAGAGCUAAACUUCUAUUAGGCCUAUUCAGAGGGUUUUCCAACUCAUUUUUUGUGUUUCGUUAAAUUGUUUCAUGUUCUAAGGCACGUUUAUUUCUAUGAUUUAUGAUACUAGAAAAUUUAUCUUACUGGGGUAUUCAGAAUAUCUUUUGAGUGAAUUAUGUGUUUCAGAUGACUGGUUGUGACCGAUGCUUAUGCAUUCCUUAUGCUAAUUCCCAAUUCAAUGUGUUUUAUUACUGUAGAUCCUUUUAUUUUUACGAGCCUAAUAAUUUCGCAAGAGGGGAUACAAUUGCCAAUCUUAGGGGUACAAAAUGGUUUAACUUUAUAGUUUUAUCAUUGGAAAGUGCGCCAAUAGGAGAAAUAAAUGGAAGCAAAAUCUUAAGUCGAUUUUUGUGAACAUAUUGGGCUACGAAAAUAAAGGAAUUUUCAGUAAGCUCAUCAUGUGAUGUAAAUAAACUCAAAUGUAUCAAGAUACAAUUAUACAUGUUUGCGCACAAUGUAUGCAAGGAAUAUUUUAUACUCAAUGCAAAAAAGUUUAUCAAAUAAAGUAUCAAUAAAGAAA